AUGGAACAGCCCACUGCGUCAAUGCUGGCCGCCCUGGAAACACCUCUGGCUUCUCUGCCAGCAGAUGAAGUCUUUACUCCUGAGCAAUGGGAAAUCCUCAUUGGGAUACUCGACACCUUCGUGCCUUCAAUCACUAACUCACAAUCAGAGAAAGAGUCGAAGCUCUGCGUAGGGGGUGCUGAAUACGCGGAAGCGACUCUAUCCAUACAGGAUCUCAUACCGUCUUCCGCCGACCCAUUUCUCAUUCCUAUCUAUCUAUCUGAGUCAGCUAGCUCAAUUCAGGCAUUUCGGCCCUCAUUACAACGCUUGUUCUGUCGAUCUGUACCCGCCGAACAGCUCAAAGGCCUUCGUUUCAUUCUUUCAAGUCUUUCCACACGAGCUGGAUCCCUUCUCUUAACAGGUUCGACGACCCUUUUCCAUCUUCAACCACCAACCGCCCGCGAGCAAAUCCUGAUCAGUUGGUCCAAGUCGUAUCUGCCAAUUCUACGCUCUCUUUUCCGCUCCUUUGCGUUUAUCGCUAAGACAACCUGGAUUUCGCUCUCUCCAACCCUGCCAGAGGUAAUUGGCUUUCCUGCUGUUCCCAGGCAUGGGAAACGAGGUGAAGAUUACUCUUAUGAGUUCUUGGACUUCUCCUCGCCGGAUUCCCCUUCCUCCAUCGAGACAGAUGUGAUCAUUGUGGGUUCUGGCUGCGGUGCGGGAGUCUGCGCAAAGAACCUUGCUGAAGCUGGGAUUUCGGUGCUCGUCGCAGAGAAAGGCUAUUACUUCCCAUCCACCCACUAUCCUAUGAAGAGCAAUGAUGCCAAUGCAAAUCUUAUGGAGAAGACGGCCGUAUUGGCCGGAUCCUGCUUUGGUGGAGGAGGCACUGUAAACUGGAGUGCAAGCUUACAGCCGCAGCAUUAUGUGAGGCAGGAAUGGGCGGAUCAAGGUUUGCCUUUCUUUACUUCUGGAGAGUUCCAGAAAUGUUUAGACAAGGUAUGUGGAGAAAUGGGCGUUGCUACUAAAGGGAUACAGCACAAUUUUGCCAACAGAUCGUUGCUUGAGGGGAGCAGGAAGCUGGGAUACCACGCCAAAGAAGUGCCUCAGAAUACAGGUGGCAAGGAGCAUUACUGCGGUUACUGCACAUACGGUUGUGCGGGUGCUACCAAGAAUGGACCUGCGGUGUGCUUCUUUCCUGCUGCCGCGAAAGCCGGUGCCAAGUUCAUCCAAGGAUUCGAUGUCAGACAAGUUCACUUUCAUGAAAGUGAUGGGAAGAAGAUUGCAGUGGGAGUCAAUGGAUUGUGGACGCAAAAGGGUGGCGAGAAGAAGCUGAAAAUUACAGUGAAGGCCAAAAAGGUCGUGAUAUGUGCCGGCACUUUGAACUCUCCGUUACUGCUUAUGAGAAGCGGUCUCAAAAACCCCAACAUUGGACGAAAUCUCCACCUACACCCAGCAACAAUUGUAUGCGCCAGGUUUGAAGAAACGGUCAAUCCAUGGGAAGGUAUGAAUACGAACCUCUUGACCCUUUUCUCUCCGCCCUCCUUUCCCUUGUCGUUGAGUAUGAAGAAAAUCUCUGAUCUAACAAAAACCCGUCUCUUUUCUUUUCCAGGCUCAAUCCUAACCUCCGCUUGCACGUCAUUCGAGGACCUUGACUCCGCCGGUCACGGCUGCAAAAUCGAAUGUCAAACCGCCGUCCCAACGUACAUUCUCCCCUUCUACCCCUGGCAGCAGCCCCCUUCCUCUAGUAGCAAUAUCAGUCCAGCUCUAGCCUUCAAGACCCGCUGUGCGUCCUUUCACCACUCCAUCGCCUAUGUCGUCUUCGCCCGCGACCGCGACACUGGGUCUGUGUACCCGGACCCCACCGACGGUCGCAUUCGCAUCAAAUACACCACCUCCCGCUUUGACACGAAUAACUUGGUUGAAGGCGUGAUCGCCGCGGCCAAGAUCGCAUUCGUUAUGGGUGCGGAAGAGGUGUCUGCCAUGCAUCCUGACCUCCCCAUUUUCGUCCGUACCCCACAACAAAACCGACCAACUGCGUCAGAAAAUGGCAUUGCGGCAACACCAGCAGCAGCAGCAGCAGCAGGAGAAUCUAUUGACGAGGGGAUCAACAAUCCCGCCUUUCAAGACUGGCUGGCCCUCAUCCGUCGAACCGGCAUCAGCACUCCAGAUCCAUGCCUCGUCGGAUCCGCACACCAGAUGGGCACCUGUAGAAUGAGCGCUGAUGCUAAGAAUGGUGUGGUAGAUCCGAGGGGAAAGGUAUGGGGCGUAGACGAAGGACUGUAUGUCGCGGAUGCGAGCGUAUUUCCUAGUGCCAGCGGCGUGAACCCAAUGGUCACGAACAUGGGGAUCGCGGAGUGGAUCAGUCGGGGUAUUAUCCGGGAAGGGAAGAAGGGAAGUGGGCAAGGGGUAGGAGAGAGGUGA